AUGAAAGAAGACGACGGAUCGUUACCUGAUAUCGCAGUGACGAUGGCAUCGGGCAGGGAAAUCCACGGUGCUUUCAGUCUCAUCGUGGACGACGUGGACUCGCACUCGAUCCUCAGCGACGGCUCCGACCUGGACGGGCUAUCGCGCGAGAGCAGCUCGCAGAAUUCAGCGUCGCAGACGCCGUUGGAUAGCCCCGGUGGACCGCGGGAGAGGAUCAAGCAGAUCCAGGUGGAGGCCGAGACCAGGCGAGGCGAGUUCGCCAGGUUGCUGGAGGAGCACGCGCAGGUGGUGCGCAAGCUGAAGAUGAUGGAAGCGGAGGAGCAGUUAUCGGCGACGACGACGACGGCAACCGGGAACACGGCGGUAAUCGGCGGCGCGCACGCGUGAUUUUACGACUUUAUCACCGACGCCGAGACGAGGGUGACACCGAGGGUCGGGACCACUACGUCGACCACGACCGUCGUACGACCGACCACCACCACCGCCUCACCGCGUUUCCCCUUCGUUCGCCUCGACCGCAACAUCCCAUCCGGACGGACCAUCGUCGUCCGUCGCGAUUUACAAACGAGACGCUGAUGAUGCGAACAUCACUGAACGUUUGGAUUAUUAACUCUCGGAUGCGCCCCGGACAGGCCUCCGAAAUAUUCAGAUACAAUAUGGGACACACGUUUGUGGGGAAGUAAACGGUGCAUCCAAGAGUUAAUUGUGAAAGAGAGAAGAGAAAUCUGGACUCGAGAUGACUUCUUUUAUUUUCUGUUU